GUGUGUCACUAAGGCGGGAGAGAGUUGUGGUGUUGAGAGGAGUUUAUCCAACCAGAGUGUCAGGCACAGUUUCACUGCAACGCUAGAGUAGAAACUUUUGAACUUGAAUGCUGCUUCUGGUUGAAUGUCAACAGUUAGUGAGUUUUUUUAGUUGAAGAUUGAACUGUCCAGGAUGAGUUGCGGAAAGGAUUUCAAACUAUAAAUGGAUAUUUUUUCAAAAGGUUUUUGAUAGCGGCUGUCUCUUUGUUGCAAGUACUGAUGGAAGUUAUCCUCCUAUUAUUACUGUCAUGCAUCUGCAUGAAUGUUAGUGCAAUGGAGGAAAUGGAACAAAGGAUGAAAAGUUCAAUUGUAAAGAGACAAGUGUUGUUUCAAGCCAGGCCAUGUGUAACGCCGGACAGGCAAACAGGAGUGUGCAGUGCAAUCGGGCGAUGCCCGCAACUCAUGCUCGAUCUGAAUAGGUUGAGAAGAUCUGUUUGCAUGCAGAACAUUCUUGUUCUUGGUGUUUGUUGCCCUCUUGUUCAAAACGUACCAACUCUCAGCACCACAACAGCUUCCACGACUACGGAAAAUUCCACCAUCCCACCAGAAACUACAUUACCUACGACAAGUAAUUCAUUAAUAAGUAGUCUCAAUUCUAGCGGCAACGCUAUGGAUACAUACAUUUCCAGCAUCAUAGAAUCUCAACCUUUGCACUACAUCACAUACAGCAAGCCUGAUAACAUCGUAGGUUAUAAACCGCCAUUCGACAAUCAACCGUUUGACCUAACGGCAUCUAAUUCAGAUCUAUCGGGAACUUGCGGCAUCGGUGGCAGGAACGCCCGAGUUGUGGGAGGGCAUGAAAGUUAUCCUGGACAGUGGCCAUGGAUGGCUGCCCUGUUUAUAAUGACAGCAAGGGGUAAAGAAUACUGGUGUGGUGGUUCGCUCAUCAACAACUUGUAUAUAUUGACAGCAGCCCAUUGUUUAUCUGACAGAAGGGGAUAUAAAUACAGUGCAAGACAAAUGGUGGUAAGAUUGGGCGAACACCAUUUACUGAACUCAAAUGGUGCUGGAAUUCAAGAGCAUGGCGUUGCAGAUUUGAGGCCUCAUCCACAGUUUCAAAGAAAUGGUUUUUAUAAUGACAUAGGUUUGGUUAAAUUAGCUCGUCCGGUGAAAUUUUCAGAUUACAUUCAAGCUAUUUGCCUACCAUCCUCAAGUUCAAGAACUGGUAAAUCACUGGUGGGACAAAUGGCAACAGUGGUUGGAUGGGGAGCUAUGCAUUAUGGCACUCGAGGUACUGGAUCUAUGCAACAAGUAUCAAUGCCAAUUUGGGAAAAUAAGGACUGUGACAAGAGGUACUAUCAACCCAUAACCAGUAACUUCAUUUGUGCCGGUUACAAUGAAGGUGGAAAAGAUGCUUGCCAGGGUGAUUCUGGUAGUCCUCUUAUGGUCCCAAAUAAUUCCAGAGAAUGGACAAUAGUUGGGAUCGUUUCAUUCGGCACAAAAUGCGCUUCACCUGGAUAUCCAGGCGUUUACACCAGAGUAUCGCAGUAUUUAGAUUGGAUCGGCCAGAACACACAUUGAAAUCAAAAGUACGAAGAGACAAGACAUGAAGUCUUUUAAAAAAAAACACAAGAUGAAACGAAAGUGAUAUCUCACAGAAGAGAUUGCCAAUCUCGAGACGGUGUUGUUCAGUAACAUUUGUGAACUUUUGACUGUUUUAAUUUAAUGUGUGAUUGCCAAAAUAACACACGCUAAAAAGACACUUAAUUCUUCCUAAAAAGAAGUUGAUUUGGUUGCGCCUCAUCCAAUUUUAAGAACUAUUUUUCUUUUAGGGAGUAUAUAUUUAUAAUAAGCAUCAAAUGUAAAUUAUUUCAUUCCAAGUUGAAGAUGUGUGAUGUGAUGCAACAGUUAUGCACAUCACAUAGAUGCAAUAACACAAAUCAUAAUUCUUCUUUCUUUUUUUUUUGGAUGAUUCUAGUCCAAAUAUGGGAAAUAUAACUAACAUGGGAAACAAGAUCAUAAGGGAAAGGUAUCAUAAAAAUAUCUUAAAAAGCUGUAAAGCAAUAUUUUUAGUUCAUAAAAUUUAUGCUGUAAAUUGCUAGAUGCCAUGAUAAUUUAUAAUUGUAAUGCGCACAGUCACUUAAAACAAGUCAGGGUGCGUAGCCAAAUUAUUCAACAAAAAAUAAACACGUUUUAAGCACUUUUCAAGAACUCAAAAAAUAUUUUUAAGCACUUUAAAAAAAUAUCAUCCGGCAG